AUGAAUUGUUUAUCUGUGGAUAUUGAUACGCAUUUUCCAGUUGCUGGUUGUUUACCUAAGCAACCAACUGGUGCAUUACAAUUAUUAACAAAACAUCCUCAAUAUGAUGGACGUCAAAUAACCAUUGCUGUUAUUGAUACAGGAAUUGAUCCAUUAGCAAAUGGUCUUCAAAAAACUAGUACAGGAAAAGAAAAAUUAAUUGAUUUACGUGAUAGUACCGGAAGUGGUGAUGUUGAUAUUUCAACAAUUGUUAAAGUAAUAUCCAAUAAUAAUCAAGAAGAUCGAAUAAUUCAAGGUUUAUCAGGAAGAAAAUUAAAAAUACCAUCACAUUGGAAAAAUCCAUCAGGAAAUUAUCAUAUUGGAAUCAAAGCAUUAAAACAAAUUAUACCAACGUCUGCUUUUGAACGACUUUCAAAAGAACGUCGUGAAAAAAUAUUUGAACCUGAACAUCGUCUUGCUUUAGCUGAAGCUCAACAACGUCUUAAUGAACAUAUUAGUUAA